GUCCACCGACCUCCCGCCGCAGCCCCGGCCCCGGGCGCGGCCGCCGCCAGCACCAUGCGCCCAGCAGCCCUGCUGCUCCUGCCCUCGCUGCUGGAGCUCCUGGCUCACGGACUCUCCUCGGGGAUUCCAACCAUGGGGGAAGGUCAAGCCACAGGCAUCAAGGAGAUGGAUGGAGACCUGACAGCAGCCCCUACACCUGAACAGCCAGACCGAGGUGUCCACUUUGUCACCACAGCCCCUACCCUCAAGCUACUCAACCACCACCCACUGCUGGAGGAAUUCCUUCAAGAGGGGCUAGAGAGGGGCGAGGAAGAGUUGAAGCCUGCUCUGCCCUUCCAACCUGAUCCACCUACACCCUUCACUUCAAGUCCCCUUCCCCGCCUGACCAACCAGGACAGCCGCCCGGUCUUUACUAGUCCCACUCCAUCUGUGGCUGCAGCACCCACACAGCCCCACUCCAGGAAGAGACCUUGGAGUCUGGAGUCAGAGCCUCCUGAGCUUCGUAUCACAGCUCCCCUACCUCCGGGGCCCAGCAUGGCAGUACCCACCCUGCACCCAGGGGACAGGCCCAGUACUACACCUCCCAGCAGAGCAUGGACUCCAACCCAGGAGGGUCCCGGAGACAUGGGCAGACCAUGGGCUCCAGAGGUCAUGUCCCAGACUACAGGACUGGGUAUUGAGGGGACCAUCACCACCACAGCCUCAGGGGAUGACGAGGAGACCACCACCACCACCACUACCAUCAUUACCACCACCAUCACUACAGUCCAGCCACCAGGCCCCUGUAGCUGGAAUUUCUCAGGCCCAGAGGGCUUUCUGGACUCUCCCACAUCCAGCUCACCCUCUGAUGUUGGCCUGGACUGUUUCUACUACAUCUCUGUCUACCCUGGCUAUGGAGUAGAGAUCAAGGUUGAGAACAUCAGUCUCCAGGAAGGGGAGACCAUAACCAUGGAGGGCUGGGGUGGGCCUGACCCACUGCUCCUAGCCAACCAGUCUUUCCUGCUGAGGGGCCAAGUCAUCCGCAGCCCCACCCACCAAGCAGCCCUGAGAUUCCAAAGCCUUCCACCACCUGCUAGACCUGGCACUUUCCAUUUCCACUACCAAGCCUAUCUCCUAAGCUGCCACUUUCCCCAACGUCCAGCUUAUGGAGAUGUGACUGUCACCAGCCUCCACCCAGGAGGCAGCGCCCGCUUCCACUGUGCCACUGGCUACCAGCUGAAGGGUGCCAGGUUCCUCACUUGUCUCAAUGCCACCCAGCCCUUCUGGAAUUCCCAGGAACCUGUCUGCAUUGCUGCCUGUGGUGGAGUGAUCCACAAUGCCACCACUGGUCGCAUUAUCUCUCCCGGCUUCCCGGGCAACUACAGCAACAACCUCACCUGCCACUGGCUGUUAGAGGCUCCUGAGAGCCAACGGCUACACCUGCACUUUGAGAAGGUCUCCCUGGCAGAGGAUGACGACAGGCUCAUCAUCCGCAAUGGGGACAACGUGGAGGCCCCACCUGUGUACGACUCCUAUGAGGUGGAAUAUCUGCCCAUUGAGGGUCUGCUCAGCUCUGACCGACACUUCUUUGUGGAGCUCAGUACUGACAGCAACGGGGCAGCUGCAGGCAUGGCCCUGCGCUAUGAGGCCUUCCAGCAGGGACACUGCUAUGAGCCCUUUGUCAAAUAUGGCAACUUCAGCAGCAGCGCACCCUCCUAUCCUGUGGGUACCACCGUGGAGUUCAGCUGUGACCCUGGCUAUACCCUGGAGCAGGGCUCCAUCAUCAUCGAGUGUGUUGACCCUCAUGACCCCCAGUGGAAUGAGACAGAGCCAGCCUGCCGAGCCGUGUGCAGCGGGGAGAUCACAGACUCUGCAGGUGUGGUGCUCUCUCCAAACUGGCCGGAGCCUUAUGGCCGAGGGCAGGACUGCAUCUGGGGAGUGCAUGUGGAAGAAGAUAAGCGCAUCAUGCUGGACGUCAGAGUGCUGCGCAUAAGCUCUGGGGAUGUACUGACCUUCUAUGAUGGGGAUGACCUGACAGCCCGGGUCCUGGGUCAGUACUCAGGGCCCCGUGGCCACUUCAAGCUCUUUACCUCCAUGGCUGAUGUCACCAUCCAGUUCCAGUCAGACCCUGGGACUUCGGUGCUGGGCUACCAGCAGGGAUUUGUCAUCCACUUCUUUGAGGUGCCCCGAAAUGACACGUGUCCAGAGCUGCCUGAGAUCCCCAAUGGCUGGAAGAGCCCAUCACAGCCUGAGCUGGUACAUGGCACGGUGGUCACCUACCAGUGCUAUCCUGGCUACCAGGUGGUGGGAUCCAGUGUUCUCAUGUGCCAAUGGGACCUAAGCUGGAGUGAGGACCUGCCAUCAUGCCAGAGGGUGACAUCCUGCCAUGACCCAGGGGAUGUGGAACAUAGCCGACGCCUGGUAUCCAGCCCCAAGUUUCCUGUGGGGGCCACUGUGCAGUAUAUCUGUGACCAGGGUUUUGUGCUGACAGGCAGUGCCAUCCUCACCUGCCAUGAUCGCCAGGCUGGCAGUCCCAAGUGGAGUGAUCGGGCCCCCAAAUGUCUCUUGGAACAGUUCAAGCCAUGCCAUGGGCUCAGUGCCCCAGAGAAUGGUGUCCGCAGCCCUGAGAAACGGCUCCACCCAGCAGGGGCCACUGUCCACUUCUCCUGUGCCCCUGGCUAUGUGCUGAAGGGCCAGGCCAGCAUUAAGUGUGUGCCUGGGCACCCCUCGCAUUGGAGUGACCCUCCACCCAUCUGUAGGGCUGUUGCCAAGGCACCUGCCACCUCCAGCGCCCUGGAUGCUGCCCACAUGACAGCUGUCAUCUUCCUACCACUAGUGGCCAUGGUGCUGCUGGUGGGAGGUGUGUACCUCUACUUUUCCAGGAUCCAGGGGAAAAGUCCCCUGCAACUGCCCCGAACUCGUCCUCGCCUCUAUAACCGCAUCACUGUGGAGUCAGCGUUUGAUAAUCCAACUUAUGAGACUGGAUCUCUUUCCUUUGCAGGAGACGAGAGAAUAUGAAGUUUCCAUCUAGGUGGGGGCAGCUUGGGGACACUUGCACAGCCCUGUCUCAUAGCCCAGGGGCAGGGCUCCCAGCUCCCUGCUGUCCUUCCACCUCCUGUACAUACCACCUGGGAAGAGACAUCACCAACCCCUCAAGAAAUUGUGCUCUUCCCUACCUGCAAUGCUCACCAUGGCCUAUUUUCUUGGCACCACUGCCCAUUUAGGGCCCUUCUUUGGGUUCAAGUCAGAGGGCACCUGAUUUGGAUAGAACAUGGCUGGAACAUAUCACCAUCAGCCAGCAUUCUCCUGACUUGUCCCAUGCCCUGGCACUCCUAUCUGGAAGUCAUGGGCAGAUAAGAAGCACCUUUCUCCACAUGGCCACCAUCCAGCCCUGGCAUGUGGAGACUCCAGCAGAUCUGGACAGCAAUGGAAACGGGACUAGAGUACUCCUCACAGAGCCAUCACCAAUGGGCAAAACUGCUCUCAAUGGUGACCUGUGGGUAGUCUGGCAUGCCAAAACCAGCCCCUCAGGGAGGUUUCUAGUCCUCUAAAGACCCAGAAUUGGACAGCUAUGCCUUCUGCCCUGUCCCAGUGGAAGCGAUAACUUUAAGGGAUCCUAAUGGGUUCAGGGACUCCAUCCCAAGCUCAGGUUGGGCUUUCAGAUACUCAUGCUCCACACCAAAGCAGGACAUUCCACUGCUCCCUGGCAUCCCUAUACCCUGAGGAGACAGAGACCUUCCUUGAUGUUUAUCUGGCUGUUACAAAUGUCCCCUUUCCCAUCAAUCCUUCUUCCAAGCCACUUGCUAGACUCCCCCUUCCUGCCACUGUGUUAUGGCAUGCCAGGAGUGGGCAGGCAUAUUCUGGAGAGGAGCAGAAGCCCAAGGAUCCAGGAAUUUGUCAUGGAACAGGGGUCAGAAAUCUGCAGGAAGAAGUUCAAUCCUGACCGAAGGCCACUUUGUAUAUAUGAUGUAUCAUAUGGGGUCUGGGCUCCAGCCAGAGAACAAGCUUUUAUUUCUGUUGUUUCCUUAUUAAAAUGGUGUUUUUGAAAAAAAUUUAAGCAAUAGCCAUGUGAAUGGUAUUUUUUGGAGGGAAGAGAUGGUCAAUACAUGAGAUGCAGACCUCGGGACCAGAAGGCCCACUGGACUCACCAAUCAAUCAUCCCCAUAUUUGGGGAGGGGGGAGAUAAUUACAGUUGAAUAGGAACCACUAUCCCAAAGAAGUUAGGAUGACAGAUCGCAGGUGAAAUGAGAGGCCCCAUGGUUAAUGCCACAGGUAUGUGGGCUCCCAGGAACCCAAGUGCUCAUUCACCCCAAUGCCUCAUUUCCACUUCUUUUCCAGGUAUAGAAUUAUACGUGGGCACACCAAACCACUUUCAAUACCACUGACUCUGACAAGGCCCAAAGUCUGAUGCAUCUCUCCUUCCACUUCUUUCUAUCAAGUGAGGCUUGAGAUAUUAGAAUCAGAACCAGAGACUGAACCCUUCUACAUAAGGCCUAGUUUGGCUUGGCCUCAGCAAACAUCCAGACUGUCAGCAGGAGGGACAAUGCUGCUUAGGGCCUCCUGAGUCAGGCACAAGCUCUACCCAUGGGCUCUUUAAAGGGACUGGCUAGGAUAUACUUAAGUUUGCCUCUUGGUCUUUUUGAGACAAGGUCUCCCUGUAGCCCCAGCUGGCCUGGAAUUCACUAUGUAGACCAGGCUGGCCUCGAACUCACAGAGAUCCACCUGCCUCUGCCACCCGAGUACUGGGGCUAAAGGUGUGCACCACCACACCUGGCAAGAUUUCCUCUUCUCUAUGGCCUUAGUACUUUGUGAGUUGAAAGUAUCUGCCCAGGACUGGCCUCUGAUAUGAACAUUCCACGUUCAUGGUAUGGAUGGCUGCGCUCUAGAGUAACAUGGGAAGUCAGAUUAACAGAGGCAUAUAGUAACUCAGAAGCCCAAAAGCAAAACUCCUGAAAGCACAAUAGCAGCCUCUAGCACCUUUUGCUUUCACUGUCUUCUAACAGGAAAAUGUGGACCAGAAAUUCCCCUACCCUCUGACUCUAUCCAGCACAUCAGAGGGUUCCAGUUCAUGCAGCGUGCAGUGCCUAAAUUGACCACAAGAGGUCGCUUCCAAAGGCAGCUGCAUUCCAACUGCUCUUUCCUCCAGUCCCCUUGAGCACCCUGAGCUGGAGCUCUCCAAGGUGGCACCAAGUCCUGCCCCCACUGAGCUGACUUCGUCCUCUAGGCUCUGAGAAAAAGGUGUGUGGAGUGAUUAGCUCCUCUGGCACUUGUCAAUAGAGCCACAUCUCAAUUCGCUUAUUAGCCCACUGCCUGCUCCUGUUUUCAGCUUACAACGGAUGUGUUGAUCAAAGCAAAGCCUUGCUCACUGGGUGUAAGCCAAGGGUUUACUUCUCUGCCCAGUAAUACCUUCAGGCUGACACAGCAACACAGCUGUGCUCUGAGGAAUAGGAAGGACGCCAAAGAGAGAGGACACAUGAGGUUCCAACUUCUGAGGGCCUGUGGCAUGAGGGAGGCAUAAGCCUCUUCUAUUCAAGGAGCCUAGCUCAGCCCUCUCCUCUCAGAGGGUCACAUUCUCUAUCUCAUAGUUACCGACAUCUACUGUUGGCUGAGGUUGACAGAAGGCAGAGAACAGCCAAUUUGCAUGACAUUCUCCAUUUGCUCAUUAUAUAAUUCUAAGCACCAACAUAGGGCCAUCAGAAAAGUGAAAAGCCUCUCUCUCACACACACACACAUACACAAUCCCCAGAAGCCUAAAACUUUACACAGUUAUUCAUACUUUUUUAACUUAUAGUCCUGUCUGUCCCAAAAGAAAGAGCAGGAACAAUUCCUGAGAUAGUAAAUUCCUGAGAUGGUGCAGUGGUCAACUUGUUGGCCUGUGAAUCAAGAAAUGUUUCAUUUUUAGGUUUGCUAUAAAAUCACUAUGUGAGAGGCUGGAGAGAUGGC